UGUGCCAGCUGGUUACUUCAGUUUCCAGGUAGAGGCGUGGUUUAACCAUCUUCUCAAACACAGUCCCAAUUCAAACUGGUCUGUCAGCUGCCAAUGGAAACUAACUGGACUGAUUUCAAACUGGUUUCAACUCAGUCCAAGUGAAAUAUGGAAAUAAGACAAGAUUUCAAGGGGAUCAGACAACACGACUUUGUCGUGUUCAUUAACAAUGUUCCUUUUUUCCCUGUUAUUUAAUUUCCGGUUUGUUUUAUUUUAAUGUAGUUCUCGGCAUGCUUAUAGGUCGUGAUGAGGUGUCUGUACACCGGUAAUGUCUUGGAGAGACCACACAGAAUACGGUGAUCAGUAUUGCUCUUCUCAAUACAAAAAAAACAUUGUGGCCUUUGGGAAGAGCAAUCUUCUCAGACUAACCCCAGACCAUAUGCAUUCAUCUGUUUAAUUAAGAAAAUAGAAGUGUUGGUGGCAACUUGAUCAAAUCCUAAAACGGAUCAAGAAAGUCAAACAGAGAACCAGAACCAUUUUGGAACUAGAUUUAUGACAUGUUGUUGAAGGAGUCACUUCUUCACACAGAGAGUAGUGAGGGGAUGGAAUGGGUUACCUAGUCAUGUUGCUGAAGGAGACUCUUCUUCACAUAGAGAGUGGUGAGGGGAUGGAAUGGGUUACCUAGUCAUGUUGUUGAAGGAGACUCUUCUUCACACAGAGAGUAGUGAGGGGAUGGAAUGGGUUACCUAGUCAUGUUGUUGAAGGAGACUCUUCUUCACACAGAGAGUGGUGAGGGGAUGGAAUGGGUUACCUAGUCAUGUUGUUGAAGGAGACACUUCUUCACACAGAGAGUGGUGAGGGGAUAGAAUGGGUUACCUAGUCAUGUUGCUGAAGGAGACUCUUCUUCACACAGAGAGUGGGGAGGGGAUGGAAUGGGUUACCUAGUCAUGUUGCUGAAGGAGACUCUUCUUCACACAGAGAGUGGGGAGGGGAUGGAAUGGGUUACCUAGUCAUGUUUAGCCUGGAACAAAGAAAAGAUUGGGGCACACUACAUGUAUUGUGAAUGAUAAUUUAAUAUGCACGAUAAUGUCAGAGACUUACCGCGAUAUCAAAAGCCUCAGCAGUCCAGGCGAAUCUUUUGGUCAGUAGCUUAUUGUGAAAGUGGAGGUGGCUUACAUUGACCGAAAAUGAGCGAUCAACAGACACAGCACUCAGCAGGGGACAGGCAGAGGCAAUGUAAAGUGAAACUGAAGUGUUUACCUUUUACUUUUACUAUGUAUUCCUUGUCUGAUGUAAAAAAUAUAUUUUUCUUUCUCCUUUAAUGCAUACGGCCAGCCCAUUAGUGCCUAAAAUUACAUUGUACUAUAUCGUUUUGUAAUUUUUUUAAACAACCCACCUCUUUAAUAUAACACUCAUAUUCAACAUGUGCAGUCUGCAUUGUAUAAGUGACAUCGCCAUUAAGCCAAUCACAGCUCACAUAGGUACUGAAAUAGCCAAUCAAAUAGCACACAGGAUCAGAUGUCACGGAAGCGAAAGGUGGAGGCGGAACACAGAAGAUUCCAAAAUCGUUACCCAGUUGAUUAUUUUUUUCACUGAAUAAUUUUUUCUGUAAAGGCAUCAUGUCUGAUUUGCAGUACAACAGUUAUGAAAAAUGAUACCUGUGGCAGAGCAAGAGCCUGUAAAUAGUACUGACAUUUGCCAAAAACACUUGAUUAUUGGAAGCAGCCACAUCGUAUAAAAGGAACGCCCAGAGCUUCAUUAGGGAGAGACUACCAGGGAGCUGAAGGAAAGAUAACAAACAAUGAAUACUGGAGAUCUUCUGAGGAAAAACCUGGACAACCUGGGAAAGGAGAAUUUUAAGAGAUUCCGUGUGAAACUCCGUGAGGAAAAGGGCAUUCCUUGGAAUGCAUUGGAAGACGCAGACGUGAGUGACACAGUAGAUAAAAUGAUGCAGGUGUUCGUGGAGGAAGCGGUGCCGAAAGCUAUACAGAUCUUGGAGUCCAUUAAUGUACGGGAUGUGGCUCAGGAAAUGAGCAGAGAAUGGAAUCCAGAUUGUUUAAAGUCUGAUGAACCAAACUUGGAAAUUGAAAGACUAAUCAUAGAUGAUCAAGAAGAUGUUACCUUGUGGACACACGUCACACUUCAGAGAUUUGAGACGCUGCCAGACUUCACGACAAAUCAAAUACAGGCUCUACAGAAGGAGACGGGAGAGUGUGAAGAGGCGACACCAGAAAACAGUCGCAGUGUGAGUGUGCGUCAGUUCCUGGACUCCAGGGGGCGCUGUUCUAACCUUCGUCGGCUCUGUGAAGCUCUGAAAAGAGUGAGCCGACAGGAUGUGGUUGACGUCAUGCAUUCCCAGAAGGCACUGCUCCCAAAACUCGGUCCUAAGGAAAAAGAAGAGGUGAAAAUCACGGACUUGAAAUUCUCAGUCUGGCACCCGUUAACUGUGGCUCUCAGUGUGGAGCGAGAGGACGGACAUGACUGGCGCUGGCUGGCAGACAAGCUUGGCAUCCCAGCCACCUACAGAGACCUCUGGAGACAAAACUACAGCAACCCAGCAGAAAAGGUGCUGGACUCCUGGAAGAUUAAAAUCGGGGAAGCCACCAUGGGAGGUCUGUUUGAUCACAUGAUCGCUAUGGGACGCGAGGACUUGGCUGACUUGCUGUGAACUUUGAUCUUGCGAACAGCUCUUUCGAUCCACUUAUACAGCGAACCUGAUGUAGUCAGUUCAUUCAGUCCUGGGAUUGAACUAAGAUACUGUUACAAGUGAAAUUAAUUUAAAAUGAUUUGCCCUUCAGCUGUAACAUUGGAAUAUCGUACCCAAUUCACAAAGAAUGUUUUGAUAAAUUAAGGUUUGCUGUUCAUUAAACUGUUUUAGACUCUUAUAA